UUCGGUGGCUGAAUGUAUUGUUUCGACUUGUUGGCUAUUUUGCUUCAAAAUAAAAAUAUAAUCGGAAGGCGUUAGUAGUUAUCUCUUCAGUAAAUUAUUAAUUAGUCAUAAUUUUAAAUUCAAUAUAAUCACGAUAAUUAAAAAAGACGUAAGAUGUUUAGUUGGUUAAAACGCGAAAAGGUAGCACAGGAAGUGGUUGAAAAUGUUAUUGGUGAAUUGAAAAAAAUUUAUAGAAGUAAAUUACUUCCGUUGGAAGAAUAUUAUCAAUUUCAUGACUUUCAUUCACCAAAACUGGAAGACCCUGAUUUUGAUGCAAAACCUAUGAUUCUUCUAGUUGGACAGUAUUCAACAGGUAAAACUACAUUUAUACGUUAUUUAUUGGAACGCGAUUUCCCGGGAAUACGUAUAGGACCAGAACCAACAACAGAUCGCUUUAUUGCUGUUAUGUAUGACGAAAAAGAAGGUGUUAUACCUGGAAAUGCUUUAGUUGUAGACCCAAAAAAACAGUUUCGUCCACUUAGUAAAUAUGGCAACUCAUUUCUAAAUCGUUUUCAAUGUUCGACUGUUGCAUCUCCAGUAUUACAAGCAAUUUCGAUUGUGGAUACGCCUGGUAUAUUAUCAGGCGAAAAACAAAGAAUUGAUCGGGGCUAUGAUUUCACUGGGGUGUUAGAAUGGUUUGCCGAACGAGUAGAUCGUAUUAUAUUGUUAUUUGAUGCACAUAAACUGGAUAUUUCUGAUGAGUUUCGCCGUAGUAUAGAAGCAUUAAAAGGUCACGAUGACAAAAUCAGAAUAAUUUUAAACAAAGCAGAUAUGAUUGAUCAUCAGCAAUUGAUGAGGGUUUACGGAGCACUUAUGUGGUCUUUAGGAAAAGUGCUACAAACUCCAGAAGUAGCAAGAGUUUAUAUAGGCUCAUUUUGGGAUCAACCUCUACGUUAUGAUAUGAAUAGACGCCUUUUUGAAGAUGAAGAACAAGAUUUAUUUAGGGAUUUGCAAUCGUUGCCUAGAAAUGCCGCCUUACGUAAAUUAAACGACUUAAUUAAGCGAGCACGAUUAGCUAAGGUUCAUGCAUAUAUAAUUUCGGAGUUAAGAAAAGAAAUGCCGUCUGUAUUUGGGAAGGAUAGUAAAAAAAAGGAUUUGAUAAAAAAUCUUGGACAAAUUUACGAUCGUAUUCAAAAAGAACAUCAAAUUUCACCAGGAGAUUUCCCAGAUAUUAAGAAAAUGCAAGAAGUUUUGCAACAUCAAGAUUUUAGUAAAUUUCAUUCACUAAAACUUAACUUACUAGAAGUUGUAGACGCGAUGUUAGCGAAAGAUAUUGCCAGAUUAAUGGAAAUGAUACCACAAGAAGAGGCUACAGUAGUUUCCGAGUCUAUGGUUACCGGCCAAACCAAUUCUAAUAAAUUAGUAAAUUCAUCGUUCCAUACGUAUAUUGGUGGGGCAUUUGAAGGUGUUGUUGACGAUACUAUAUCACCGUUCGGUUAUCGUAAAGGAGAAGGUAUUGAUGCAGGUUAUGGUGAAAUUGAUUGGAUCUGUAAUCGUGAUAGAACAAGAACCGAUCCCAUUUUUGAAAAUCUAAAUCCAAUAGAUGGAAAAAUAUCAGGAGCUGCUGCUAAAUCUGAAUUAAUAAAAUCAAAACUACCAAAUUCUGUAUUAAGUAAAAUAUGGAAAUUAUCAGAUGUUGAUGCUGAUGGCUUCUUAGAUGUUGAGGAAUUUGCUUUAGCAAUGCACUUAAUUAAUGUUAAGCUUGACGGUAAUGAAUUACCUAAUAUACUGCCGGAACAUUUGGUUCCACCAUCGAAAAGAUGUUAACCUUAAGUAUUUAUAAAAUAUUGAAAUUGGAAAAACUAAAAAAAUAAAAAUGAAGUAUAAUAUCAAAUAAAAUAAUAAAAGUGAAAAAUUAGAAUUAAAAGAUUAUCCAACAAGCUGCAAUAAUUGUAUUAGAACCUAUUUUUACAUAAUCAUUUAUAAAUGUAUAGUGAUUAAUUAUUUACUAUUUCUUUUGUAAAAUAUAUAAAAUAUAGUUUGGACUAAAAUUUAAACUCUAUUUAAUUUGGACAUUUUUAAGCAGAGCAACAUUAUAUCGAACAAUUCUAUAUUAAAAGUAUAUUGACUUUCUUAUUUAAAUGACUAUUAUUGUAAUUGAUAUUAAUUAACAAUUGUUGCUACUUGAUGAAUAAUAAUCUAAAUACUUAGUAAAUGAAUAAGUUUGUAAUACAAGAUUAUUAAGAGAAAGCUAGAGGAAGGAUAAAAAACAUUUGUGUGAAUAUUUUUGUAUAAAAAAAAUUUUUUACGACACAUCUUUAGAAUUAAUGAUCGUAAUACUUGUUUCCACAUUUUUUUUUUUUGUUUUGCAAAUAUUGCCAAUUGCAUAUUAUAUAAGUGAAAAUUAUCAUCAAUAUUUUUUAAUUUUGGCAAAAAAAAGUUCCGUGUUGUAUUUUUGAAUAAUAUAUAUUUUAAUUAAAAGAAGUAUCUUGUUAAAAAUCAAA